CAUCGCUUACUUAUCAGUAUAGUAGCGACAGUCUCGGUGGGUGGAUAAACCGUAUUGCAAAUAAUAUUGUACAAAAUUUAAUUUUUAUUGCUUCGUUUACACGCGUGCAAUAAUUUCAUUGUAGACAUUUCAAACAUAAACAAGUGACAAUCUUUAUAACGAAAACAAAAAAAACAAAGCAAGAACAAAUCAACAGCCGCGCUUAUCAACAAUUCUACGGAAUAACCCAUCUGUAUGAGUAUUCCAGUGAAGAGUGUGACUGCUUAUAAUAAAGAUCCCAUGAUUGCCGCAAUUUGUUAUUCGGCACGUUACGUCCUUCUUAGCGUUUUUGGCAAUUACAACGAUGAAAUAUCACAUGCGAUCUGGGAGUAAAAACCCCAUAUAUGAAUGACACAUACAACAACACGAGAAUGAAGCGCAACAAAUGCGAUCGCGUGAACAACCAAAGUCAAGUGCGUUCAACAAAAAAAUACGAGCAAAUGUAUACGAGUGCUACCAAAAAAAUGGAAAGAGUGGUGGCUUCUAUGGAGCGCCCCGAUGCGCCGAUCAGUUCAAAACCUAGUGACUAUGGUAGCACAACGCUUAAAAAUCGCGCUCCACCCACCUACGGUCAAGAUAUAACGGCGGAAAUACGCAUAACCAGCAACGAGUGCGCUCUAGAUUCGAACGAAAAAAGCUACGACCACGACGACAGUGACCAUUCGGUUGGGCAUCACUAUUCCAAUAGCAGUGCAACAGACGUAAACGACAUCACUUACCAGAGUUUACCAAUACCUGCCACCACUUACACAUCAAGUCUCUUUGCUGCCGCGUGCAGUACAUCUUCAGCGUCGCGCUUCCAAACACGAAACUCCCACUCCCGUCAUUCUCGUUACGCAUACAGCAGAAUGGAAACGUACAUUGAUGAAAGUUCAGCCCCGAAGAAAUCUAAAUGGAACGCAGGAUCAUUUCAACGUUUCGAAACGUUCCUGUUUGUGGUGAAUCAAAUGUGUAUCGGUUUUGUGACCAUCUACAUGAGUUUUCUUUGCAUCACAAACGGACUACAGCAGACGCCUCUUCAUGCGUGGCUGGUGACACUCGGGUACUCACUGCUGACGGCCGAGGGGGUGAUGGUCCACUUCAACGCCAAUCCGUUGACAUCGCACUACAAGCGACAUGAGAAGCACACGAUACACUGGGUGUUGCAAGUCGCGGGCGGUGGCCUUGGCAUGGGCGGUACGAUGUACAAAUGCAUACAGAAAGGUUUCAUGCUGACUAGCACUCAUGGCAAACUGGGUUUCACCACAUUCAUCUUCUGCUUGAUAUCUUGGUUAAGCGGUUUGUCUGCGCUUUAUCAAUUGAAACUAAAAUCCUUUGUCCGUCCACUAUUCAAUCGAACAAUCCACAACUUGCUUGGCUUAACCUGCUUCGUACUCGCUCUGGUAACGCAGUUUUUUGGCUAUCAGACAGGUUUCUUUUCGUCUCGUACAACUACGGAAUUCCAAUAUUGCAUCAAAACAAUUACGCUCCUUUCACUGGUGCUGACCUGUAUUGGACCCAUAAAGGCAUUACUACAGAAGGCUCGUACCAUUAUAAAAAAUUGAUAGAAAGUCUAUGAAGUUAUGUAAGGGCUAACAGUGCCAUAUGUGGCUUAGCUUAUUUCUUAUUAAAAAUAUGAUUAUUUAGUUUUUAUAUUUUAUUUAUAAAUACUUCAUUUAGUAAUUGAAUUAAUCCUAUGCAUUAAAUGUGAAAUUAAAAAUAUGCGUAGAGUA